UGGAGAAGGGGCCGGGCCGCUGAUAUGAAUAAGUUAUGCAGAGACCCGAGAUGGCGGGACCAGCAAUGAACCGUCGGAGACUGCGGGUGGACCAUGUGGCCUGGGCCUGGACCACCGCUGCGAGGCCAGUGGGCCCCCGGGACAGCGGGCCUGGCGUGCAGCCUGCCGCCGGGCCCCGCCGCCGCCUGGCCCUGGAGCGUGUCCAGGAGCCCGGGCGGGGCCGCCAGCGCCCAGCCAGUCACCCCGGCAUACGGGCCGUGGGUGGGGCAGCGCGGGCGGGCCGGGGCUGAGGGACGCUGUUUGCCAACCUCUCACUGGAGUGUUUGUCCAGCCAGCCAGUGCGGCUCGCGGGUGCCUCUGCCUGUCCCUCCCUUCCUUCCCAGACAGCUUUGGCCGCCCCAACUGGACGUGGUGGGUGCGCGGGUCGCCCGGCCAGGUUCACGAACGGCGUUUCGGGCAGGAUGUUCGGUGCCAGGAACCAAGAGCCCGUUUGCUGAGUUAUUAUCCCCGUCACUCGGGGCUGCUGUGAGUCUCUGGGAAGGAAGGUCCUUCCAAGUGCCAGCCCAGGUGGAGGGCACACCAGGAAGCCAUUUUCAAGAACUUCUGCCACAGGUGUAAAAGACUCCAGAGCUGCGAAGAUGCUGAAACAGAUACUGUCGGAGAUGUACAUAGAUCCUGAUCUGCUGGCAGAGCUCAGCGAAGAGCAGAAACAGAUCCUGUUCUUCAAGAUGAGGGAGGAACAGAUCCGCCGAUGGAAAGAAAGAGAAGCAGCAAUGGAAAAAAAGGAGUCCUUGCCAGUGAAAUCCAGACCAAAGAAAGAGAACAGCAAAUCUGUUCAUUGGAAACUGGGAGCGGAUAAAGAAGUCUGGGUCUGGGUGAUGGGCGAGCACCACCUGGACAAACCCUACGACGUGCUCUGCAAUGAAAUUGUCGCUGAGAGGGCCCUGAAAGCACAGCAGGAGGCAGAAGAGCUCAGCAAAGCUCAGCCCAAAGAACUCACCAACAGCUUCACCUCGAAGUCACAUUACUGUGACCCGCAGACACCUUGCACCUGGGAGUCUCAGAACCUCGGUCAGAAAGCGGCGGGAGAGGAGGAGUCGGGGCCAGACUCGAGACCAGCACCACCCCUCAAAGAAGAGAAAACUCCAUCACCCUCCAGUUCCUCAAGAAAUAUUCAACAAAUGUUGGCAGAUUCUAUCAAUCGUAUGAAGGCAUAUGGAUUUCACCAGAAGAAAGAAUCCUCGAAGAAAACACAAGAUGAAGAAAUAAAACAAAUAGGGGAAGAGAGAACCAAGCAGAUUUACAAGAGCUGGAAAGAGGAUUCGGAGUGGCAGGCAUCCUUGCGAAAAUCCAAAGCAGCUGAUGAGAAGAGACGCUCCUUGGCUAAACAAGCACGGGAAGACUACAAGAGGUUAUCCCAAAAAGCAAGAAGCAGCGAGGGACUGCAGAGCCCCCCAAGUGUUCCACAGAAACCAAAGAGACCCCCGCUUCCACCCAAGCCUAAGUUCCUACACCCAGCGGAGUACCCCCGAAAGCCUUUAAGAAAUCAGGGAGUGAUGAGGACAGGCUCCGGCUGUGCCCCAGAGGACAUCAUCCGAUGGUUUAAGGAGGAGCAGCUGCCUCUGCGAGCAGGCUACGAGAAAGCGUCGGACACCAUCGCUCCCUGGUUCCACGGAAUCCUCUCAUUGAAGAGAGCAAAUGAACUUCUGAGCACGUGCGUGCCGGGCAGCUUUCUGAUCCGUGUCAGCGAAAGGAUCAGAGGCUAUGCGCUGUCCUACCUGUCCCAGGACGGCUGUAAGCACUUCCUCAUCGACGCCUCCACCGACUCCUACAGCUUCCUGGGUGUGGACCAGCUUCAGCAUGCCACCCUGGCGGAGCUGGUGGAGUACCACAAGGAAGAACCCAUCACCUCCCUGGGGAAGGAGCUCCUCCUGUACCCCUGUGGCCAGCAGGACCAGCCCCCCGACUACGUAGAGCUCUUUGAGUGACAGCCCCCAACAUGUCACCCUCCAACCUCCAGCUGGGCAUUCCUCCAGAGAGACACCGCUGAAACGGAUGUUUGCGUGUGAAGGCGAAAUGACCCUGUGGCAGAGCCAGUACUGACCAACAGACAGUGUCCUUGGAGUCCUACGGAAAUCUGUCUUCUGCACGAAUGCUGGCAUCUCAUGUUAAGGGGAAGUUAGUUACCUGGGUACCAGAUGCACUCUAAAAGUGAAGGGAGACUCCCCACUUCUGUGACCACCCAGCAUGAGGGCUACCACCUUAAUGAUGCACAUGAGAUAAAGUGAACAAAGAAGACAUUGAAAGCUCUCCAGAAUGAAGGAGUUCUUUCAAAACCAGAGGCUGGUGGGAACUAUUUCAUGGCAUGGACACUCUCUUGGUGUCGUCUCAGGAGGUCUCACGGUCCUGUUUAUGUGAAGUUACAUUCUGGCUUCAGGGAGCUAGCAAAAAAAACUCUUUAUUGAUGGCUGGUGACUCCCCACACACACGUCAGUUAUUGGGCAUGUGGGAGCCAGGAUGUAAGAGACAUAGCAUAACACAGUUGGGAAUGUAAAUUGAAUGCAUUUUAAAAUAUAGGGUGGGAGGCUUAACAUGUGCAACACCGCUGUGGACCAGGAGGGCGAGCAGACAUCUGUGAGAGCACUUCCGCAGUCAGGAUGGCCCAGACCGCGCCUGCCCGUGUACUUGGGCUCUACCCAGGAGCACACCAAGGAUGGACAUGCGCAUGUGAGGUGCUACUUACUGGGGGUGACUGACAGAAGAGUGAGAGGUGUGGACACUACUUCUUGCAGGUUGAACUGUGCGCCCCAAAAGAUAUGUUGAAGGCCUAGCCUCCAUACCUAUGAAUGUAGCCUUAUUGGGACACAAGGUCUUUGCAGAUGGAAUCUAGUUAGGAUGAGGCCAUACCGAAUUAGGGUGGCCCCCAUAAUCAGUAACUGGCAUCGUUAUAUGGAAAGAGGGAUUUGGAAACAGACACACGCAUGAGAUGACAGAGCAGAGACUGGAGUGAUACAGUUACAAGGCAGGACUGCCAAGGAUCAGCGGCGACCACGAGGAGCUAGGAGAGCAGAGCUGCAUGGGACAGCCUCUCCCAGGGCCCUAAAGGGAACAUCGCCCUGCCGACACCUUGACUUGCAGACUCGAGCCUCUAUAACUAUGGGAGAAUAAGUUUCUGUUGUUUUAAGCCAGUGAGUUUCUGGUAGUGUUACCGCAGCCCUAGGAAACCAAUGCAGAAGUUAUACAAUUACGGAACCUGAUGCAUAUCCCCUACCCUUUGUUGAUAUACAGUCUGCCCUCAUAAUGAAGGAGAAAUGGGAGAGGAGAAGGACUUUCCUCUGGCUCUAUUCAGCUCGGGGACGCAGCGUUGCUCAGUCAGGAGUCUUCCGCUCCACCGCACCCUGCCUCCAGCCUCAACACGUGGAUGGCCUGACCGAGGAGGCUCGGAGCCACGAGAGCAUCCUUCCGGGAAGGUGGAGACUUACUCAUACUUUAGGCCUAACCCUCUGUGGCAGCGUUGUUCUAAAGGAAGCAGGAGGUGGUAGCAACUUGCUCGGGAGGUUGUUGGUUGUGUAAAGCAUUCACUGACAGUGUAAAAUGUGCCCUGAAAAGAGGGCAGGGUGUGUGUCUGUGCAUAAAUAUGUAUGAGCAUGCAUGGGUAGGUAUGUGUACUUGAAUGGGAAAGUGUUUACACAUGGAUAGUCAUGAGUUUCUUGAACUGUUCAGUGUGGUUUCUACAGUCUGAGGGACGCUCUCAGACAAUCAUCUAAGAGAACCCGUCUCCAGCUCGUUUCUGUGACGCCACAGUCAUGGCACAGAACUGCAGAGGCCACACGGGGCUGGGAGUCAGGAACCUCCCCGAACCCCAGUUUUCACGUCUAAUAAAAUAAGGUAUUUUAACUAGG